UCUCACUCUCUCUGCCCACAGGUGCGUUUGUCGUUCACCGCGGCGGUGUGGAUUAUAUAUGUAGACUACAGAAACCACCCAGAAACUACGUGUUUGGGAUGAGCGGCAAAGCCUCGGCGGAAUACCCGUUUCUUCUUCCACAGUGAGGGACCCCGCUGGUCUUCAGCAUGACCUGGCCGAGAAGAGCGUUGUCUCAUAGGUAAAACGAGCUCACGGCAGAGUGUGAGUGGAGAUGGUCACGUGGGCUGCCUUGCUGACACUAUGCUCAUGGAUACAGAUGCACGUGGUCGCCUCAGGACUGUACACAUGUCCCACAACCCCUCGCAAGCUGACGGAUUUCACUGUAACAUACUCCCUCGCCCGCUUCACCGAGAAACCCAUACAGAACAUUGUGGUGAACUCGUACCCGCGAGAGGUAUAUGUGGCAUCUCAGAAUGUAAUCGAGGCAGUGAAUGACAGCAUGAAUAAAACUUGGGAGGUGCGAACCGGCCCGCUGGGCAGUCCCGAGUGUGACACCUGCCGGGCGUGCGACGUCGAAGCAGACCCCGAGGAUGCGGUGGACACGGACAACAAGGUUUUGCUCUUGGAUCCUGCUGGAGAACUCUUGCCCUACCUUUACGUUUGCGGGAGUAAUCGAUACGGGAUCUGCCAGUUCCUGGAUGUAAGCGCUUCAAAACCCGAGCCCCAGUGUUUAUACAACAAAAAUAGGAACUCUCCGUCCUCCUGUCCUGACUGCUUGGCCAGCCCGCUGGGCACCAUGGUCAACAUUGUUGAGCAGGGUGUCACCUCAUUCUUCUUUGUAGCCUCCGCUUUGAAUGGGAGCGUGGUCAAGAAGUAUCCGAGGCGCUCCAUAUCAGUGUUAAGACCACUCGCAACUGAGGAUGGCUUUCAUAUGGUCACCAACGGUCUGACCGUGCUCCCUAAUCUACUGGACUCUUAUCAUAUCGAUUACAUCUAUAGCUUCUCCACCAGGGACUAUGUCUACUUUCUGUCCCUUCAAAGAGAAAAUUCCUUUAAGAACAAUUCACCUUUUCAGACACGUCUGGGCCGCCUGCCCGUGUUGAUACCCGAGAUCUGGAUGUACCGAGAGGUGGUCCUGGAAUGCCGGUAUGAGCCUAAACGCAGGAGGAGGCGGAGAGACGGUUUUAGGGACACGGUGUAUAACGGACUGCAAGCCGCCUACUUUGGCCAUGCAGGGAGGGACUUGGCAGUGGAGAUGAGCGUGAAUGAAAAGGAAGACAUCCUGUAUGGGGUCUUUGCCGAGGUGGACGAGCAUGGUAAACCCUACAGGAACUCGGCCUUGUGCGCCUUCCCCAUGUCAAAGGUAAACAAGGCCAUUGAUAGGGGCGUGGAAGACUGCUGCAAGUCAGGGCGAGAGCGGCUGUCCAGAGGACUGUGUCACUUCCAGCCCUGUGAGAACUGCCCACAUGAAAGCUCAGAGAACAACGACACAUGCACCACCAAGCCCACUCUGGUGUCCAAGCCGUACUACAGACUGGACAUCUUCAACAGGCAAAUGAGAGAUGUCCUCUUUACUACUGUCCUGGUCACCACCCUGGGGAAUGACACCUUGGCGCACUUUGGCACGUCGGAUGGCAGAAUCCUGCAGGUCAUUUUGACGCUUUCCAGUCACAUAGUUUAUGCCAACUACUCUCUGGGAGACACUGAGGUCUCCAGGGUGGCUGCCGUGUAUUCACAGGAGUCACUCCUCUUUUUGGUUGGAAAUCAGAUGUUCAGGGUACCUGCUGUAGGUCCAGGGUGUGCCCACUUCAUGACCUGCUCCACGUGUUUGAUGGCGCCACACUUCAUGAACUGUGGCUGGUGUUCGGGAGUCUGCUCGAGGCAGCACGAGUGCGCAUCACGGUGGACCAAACAAUCCUGCUCGCCCGUCAUCACGGAAUUUUUCCCCAAGACUGCCCCGGCUGACGGUGAGACGGAGUUGGUUUUGUGUGGGUGGGAAUUCCAGUCUCCUCUGCGGCCUGCGAUCGUCGACAGCAAAACCCACGUGGUCAGGAUGGGUGCAGAAACCCCAUGCACAGUCCUACCGGGGAAAAGCGACAGUGAACAGUUAGUAUGCAAGAUUCAGCGGCAGGGAAGAGCACCAAACCAAGUUCUCAACAUUACUGUGGACGUGCACGAGAGGAAGGUGGAGGGUGGCUACUCAAUUGAGGGUCAAGCACAGACACAGGGUUUCUCCUUUGUGGAGCCUAGUAUUACCAAAAUCAGGCCUGACAACGGGCCCAGGAUUGGAGGAACACUUGUUACACUGACAGGCAGGCAUCUUGAUUCUGGGAUGGACAGAAAAAUCUUCCUCGGUGGGAAACGUUGCCCCGUUCAAAGUGUCUCUGGAGGAAGCGGAGCUACGUCUUCCAUCGUGUGUCUCUCUAAUGGGAUGGCGGCGGUGGGACAGGUACCAGUGAAGGUCCUCAUCGACGGCUUUCAGGUGUCCACCGCAAAAAUGUUCUCUUACAAGGAAAACCCUUUCAUCAUGGCUGUAAAUCCCCACUGCAGCUUCAGAAGGGGCUCCAAGAUAGUGAUCGAAGGCCGGAACCUGGACUCUGUGCACAACACCGUCAUCCAGUACAAAUCCAGUCACCCUGCAGUGAAACCUCUUCAACAGAUCUGCGGCGGGGCAGUUAAUGCCACUCACAUGGAGUGUGUGGCCCCUGCCUUCCCAGGAGACAUUUCAGAGGACAAGCCGGACACUGGACAGAUUUCCUUUGACAUGGAUGGAGCACGUGACCUCUGGACGAGGCGUUUCGACUUCCACCCCGAUGCCAAAAUCAUCCCCUUUGAAAACGACGACCGGGUAUUUAAUCUAAAGCCGGGGGACAGCGAGGUUUCUCUGCAUCACCAGAAGCUGAAUGCAGUGAACUCAUGCAUGCAGAUCAUAAUGACCAUCGGGGGCGUGGACUGCAACGUCCAGGUUCUGCUGAAUGAGCUGACCUGCAGAAUCCCCAAGGACAUGGUUAUCCCGGCCGAGGGGUAUCCUGUCAGGGUGUCCGUGAACGGGGAGGUGUACGACGUGGGCAUGGUGGUCAUUGUUGACAAAAACAGCAGCACAGUUAUCGGUGCCAUUGUUGUGGGCAUCUUUGCGGCGCUGGCACUGGGCGCUGUGCUUGCAUAUGCUGUCAUGACCCAGUUGAGGAAAAAGAAGAAAGCCAAAGUGGAAUUCCGUUUAUCCCGUAUGUCAGUUCGAAGCCACGUGGAAGGCACCUCUGAAGCGUCGCCGUCAGGUGACUACAGGCGAGCCCUGUCCAGUCGGACGUCCGGUUCAGGAGGCAUGGCCUUCCACGGCAUGCUGUACGCUGCCAGCUAUGAUCCCAUGUCCAUCCCUCUGAUGCCCCAGGACAACAUCUCAAUGGUCAGUUUAAGUUCAGAGCUCCUGGAGGAGGUCAAAGGUGUGCUGAUCCCUGCCGAGAAGCUCAGAGUUCAGCAUGGCGAGAUUAUAGGCAAAGGUCACUUUGGCACAGUAUACCAUGGAUACCUUAAGGACCACAAUGAUCAAGAGAGUCACUGCGCUGUUAAGUCACUGAACAGGAUCACAGAUCUUGUGGAGGUGAACCAGUUCCUGAGAGAAGGCAUCAUAAUGAAGGGCUUCCAUCACUCUAAUGUACUAUCUCUACUGGGCAUCAUGCUACCAAAGGAAGGGCUUCCCCUGGUGGUCCUGCCCUACAUGAAGCACGGAGAUGUACGCCAUUUCAUCCGCUGUGAGAAGCGGAACCCAACAGUGAAAGACCUGAUUGGCUUUGGACUACAAGUGGCCAAAGGGAUGGAGUACCUGGCCCAAAAGAAAUUUGUCCACAGAGAUCUGGCUGCACGUAACUGCAUGCUCGACGAGUCCUUCACAGUUAAGGUGGCAGAUUUUGGCAUGGCAAGAGAUGUCUUUGACAAGGAAUACUACAGCAUUCAGAAUCACAAAAAGGCCAAGCUGCCAGUCAAGUGGAUGGCCAUAGAGAGUCUGCAGACACAGAAGUUCACCACCAAGUCUGACGUGUGGUCAUUUGGCAUUUUGCUGUGGGAGCUGUUGACCAGGGGUGCCAGCCCCUAUCCGGAUGUGGACCCCUAUGACAUCACCAAUUUCUUGCUGAAGGGACGUCGGCUAGCUCAGCCACAGUUCUGCCCAGAUGCCUUGUUUUCCAUCAUGCUGGUGUGCUGGGACCCCGAGGCUGACCACAGACCUGCAUUUCACAUUCUGGUGCAGGAAAUACAGGAGAUCCUGUCCUGCCUCGAGGGAGAGCACUACAUCAACCUGAAGGUUACCUAUGUGAACUUGGACCAGCCAAGGCCCUACCCUGCCAUGACAGCAUCCGCUGACGAGGCUGAGGCUUCAGACUGUUCAGACUGCGACUCAGAGACUCGUGUUUCCAACUGAGGGUGGUGGUGAAUCACUAAAAAUCCUGGAUGGGUAGCCAGGAUCAGAUGAGGAAAAAAUGUGUGGGUGGUGGGGACUCUCCCCCCCACCCCCCAUUUUUCUCCCCAAUUGUAUCCGGCCAAUUAUCCCCACUCUUCUUAGCCGUCCCGCUCGCUGCUCCGCCCCCUCUGCCGACCCGGGGAGGGCUGCAGACUACCACAUGCCUCCCCCGAUACAUGUGGAGUCACCAGCCGCCUCUUUUCACCUGACAGUCAGGAGUUUCACCGGGGGGACGUAGCGUGUGGGAGGAUCACGCUAUUCUCCCCAGUCCCCCCCCCCCCCGAACAGGCGCCCCGACCGACCAGAGGAGGCGCUAGUUCAGCGACCAGGACACAAACCCACAUCCAGCUUCCCACCCACAGACAAUGCCAAUUGUGUGUGUGCGUGUGCGCGUGUGUG